UGUGUGUAAGUGUAUACGUUCAAGUAUAUGGCGUUGUGUGUGUAGUGGUAAAUCGCACAUAAAGGAUUUAAUUAUUUUGGCUGUUGGUUUAUUGUAACUGGUUUUAUUUACAACCGAUUCAUCAAAUAUGGCUGCUUAUACACAAUUUGGAUAUGGCUCUUAUCCGUCGGCUAAUCAGUUACUUGGCGGUAAUGUAAGUCAAACAUCAGCCGCAGCAUUGCUGUCGUCACACAAUGCCCCAUCUCCCUUAUCGGGUACACAUGAAAAUUCUCUCAGUCCAUCUGGCAACUCAUCGGCGUCGUCCUCAUCAUCCGUCUCAUCAAGCGGUGGCGGCACAACAAAUGGUCCCCUAAGUCCAGGUGCAAUGUCACAGACAUCAACCAAUCAUGCUGGUAGUGUACUAACAUCAAAUACAACAAAUGCAACGCUUGCCCAUGCAUUGGUUAAUGGGCCGGAAGGUACAACAGCAGCAGCAGCAACAGCAUCUUCGGUGUUGGCUGCAGCCGCUGUGGCAGCAGCAGCUGGCGGCUCCUCAGCAAAUCAUUCGCCGAGUGGUGGCGGCGGCGUUGGCAGCGGUUCGGGGGGUGGUUGUUGUGAAAAUGGUCGUCCCAUUAUGACAGAUCCAGUGUCUGGUCAGACGGUGUGCUCUUGCCAAUACGAUUCGGCACGUUUAGCUUUAACCAAUUACUCACGUAUGCCGACCGGUGGUGUAGGUGUUUAUGGCACCGCAUAUCCAUCAACCGAACAAAAUCCCUAUCCCAGUAUUGGUGUGGAUAGUUCGGCAUUCUAUACACCUUUGAGCAAUCCCUACAGUCUUAAAGAAUCCACAACUGGCUCCGAUAUGUCCGCUUGGUCAACAGCCGGUUUACAACCAACAACCGGUUAUUAUUCAUACGAUCCAACAUUUGCUUAUGGUUAUGGUGCUUCUUACGAUUUAGCAUCGAGACGCAAAAAUGCCACCCGAGAAUCUACGGCCACUUUAAAAGCCUGGCUAAAUGAACACAAAAAGAAUCCAUAUCCCACCAAAGGUGAAAAAAUCAUGCUGGCAAUUAUCACCAAAAUGACUUUAACUCAGGUAUCAACAUGGUUUGCAAAUGCACGUCGCCGCUUGAAGAAGGAGAACAAAAUGACCUGGGAACCAAAGAAUCGCACCGAAGAUGAUGACGACGAUGCCAUGCUGUCGGAUGACGAAAAAGAGUUGGAGAAAACUGAUAAAGCAGGAGCAGGGGGCAAUAUGUAUGGCCAGCAAAUGCUUAAAGAACAUGACCAACUUAAAAAUAAUCACCACAAUGUUAAACAUGAUUUAAAGGAUGACGAAGAGGAUCGUAAACCAGAAAAUUUAACAGCCAGCAGACAACUGGAAAAUUACAAUACAGCUUCAUUAUAUGGCACAACAACUGGCCAUCAUACGAAUGCCUAUCAUCCCUAUCAAAGUCAACAGCAGUCACAGUCGCAGUCCCAGUCACAGCAACUACAACAGCAUCAUAGCCAAAGUCUUUACUAUCAACAGCAGCAGCAACAGCAACAGCAGCAACAAGGUUAUUUAGCCAACCCUGCCUCAACUAUUAGAGAUGAGUGUGGCAUACCUAUACCAGCCACAAAACCAAAAAUUUGGAGUGUGGCCGAUACAGCGGCUAAUAAAACACCACCACCCAAUCAGGCGGCCUACAUGAGCAAUAGCCAGCAACAACAAUUGGCUGCCCAAUCGUACUAUGCCAAUAAUUUACAAAUAAAUAACCAUUUGGCCAACACCUCACCCCUGUCCAUGAUGAGCAGUUAUGUUAAUGCGGCCGCCUCCUCACCCUACUCACGCCUCAACACAGCCUAUCCGGCGGCCAGCAACUAUGCAGCCACAGCUGGACAAAUGAAUAACAACUCAAAUACCUCGGCAAAUAUGAUGCAUUUGACGCAACAAUAUGCUGCCCAAAAUUUACACAGUCAACAACAACAACAGCAGCAGCAGCAAUUGCAGCAACAGGGUCGCUUGGGGUUUCCUGAAAUCCAACCUGAUACACCACCCCAAACACCGCCCAAUAUGAAACAUGCCAACUCCGCCAUGCACAGUUUAAUGGCCAACUCAUCCAGCUCCAACAAUUCAUUGGCGUAUGCGGCAAAUUCGAAUGGUUUGAAUACUUCCUAUGGCAGUGAUGUUUCAUCGCAUACCUCCUCCCGUUCAGGCUUAGAAAUGCAAUAAUUGAAAAAUCUUUUAUGGGUUUCUCACUCUCACUCUCUCACCACAACACAACAAUUCCUAAAGGGU